UUCUAGGUGACAGAGGUCCUCUCGGUCCACCUGGUCCCAAAGGAGUUGAGGGAGAAGAAGGACCUAUUGGGCCAGUUGGAGUAACUGGACCAAGGGGACCUAUUGGCUCACCUGGAGAAAUUGGAUUAUCUGGGGGACCUGGUGAGAAGGGAGACAGAGGUAAUCCAGGCCCAGUGGGCCCUCCUGGAGAAAAAGGUGUCAUGGGAUACCCUGGUCCACCAGGUGGCCCUGGUGAUGUAGGGCCACAGGGACUACCUGGACCUCAAGGAGCACGAGGACCUCCUGGAUCACAGGGUUCUAAAGGUCGAAGAGGAGAAGUUGGUGACCCUGGGAAAAAAGGCAUUCCUGGUCUCAUUGGAAAAGCUGGAAUCCCUGGAGAAAGAGGCAAUCCAGGAGCACCAGGUUUGCCUGGCCUUCCUGGAGGUAUAGGAGAUACAGGUCCUUCGGGUGAACCAGGACCGAGGGGAGAACAAGGUGAUGCUGGCCCUGUAGGUGAAGCUGGCUUUGAGGGACCACCUGGCCCAGAGGGAGAGCCAGGGCCACAAGGAGAACCAGGCACAAAGGGAGAUUCUGGACCAGUUGGCAAUAUUGGAGCACCAGGUGAACAAGGUGUAAGAGGUAUUCGAGGACCACCAGGAGAAGAUGGUGUUCAAGGAAAAGAUGGAUUAAAGGGCAGUUUAGGAGACCAUGGCCUUCCUGGAGAAAAUGGUGAAAAAGGAAAAAUUGGAAUUCCAGGUCUUACUGGCCCUCCGGGUGAACCUGGAAUCAGAGGCAUUCCAGGUCCUGAGGGAACACAAGGAAGUCCAGGUCAAAGGGGUCGUCCAGGAAAGAAGGGAGAAAAGGGUCAUCAUGGUUUCCCAGGAGAAAUUGGAGCUACGGGUGAACCUGGCAAGACUGGGGAAAUUGGUCCAAAGGGUUCAAGAGGAACUAGAGGACCAGUGGGACAUUUAGGAGCAAUGGGAUCAGCAGGAAAACCAGGAAUUCCAGGUUAUGGGGGUCACCAAGGUCCACCAGGAGCACUUGGCCCUCCCGGACCCAAAGGAGAGAAAGGUUACCCUGGGGAAGACAGCUCAAUGCUAGGACCACCUGGGCCCCUAGGUGAACCAGGUCCUACUGGUGAACGGGGAGAGAGAGGAGAACCUGGUGACAUAGGUUACAUGGGUCACCCAGGACUCCCAGGACUUAGAGGUGCUAUUGGACAACAAGGGCCACCAGGUGAGCCAGGUGAACAGGGUGAGCAAGGACCAAAAGGAGAAAGAGGAUCUCGAGUAAGUAGAAAGUGGAAAAUUUUUAGAGAAAAAACUCAAAAUUAAAGUUAUUCAGUGAUUUAAAGCAGCAGUCCACAAUCUUUUUGGCUCUGCAG